AUGUCAACCGUCGCGCGUCGGCGACUGAUUCGAGAUCUCAAGAAGCUUCAACAGGACCCACCUAGCGGCGUUAGUGCGGCUCCAGCCACGGACGAUAUCAUGAGGUGGACUGCGGUCAUGUUCGGGCCAGAAGAUACGCCAUGGGAGGGAGGUACCUUCCAACUCGAAGUCACGUUUAGUGAGGAAUUCCCGACCAAACCUCCUCGAGUGCGGUUUCUCAACCCCAUGUUCCAUCCUAAUAUCUACACGAAUGGCGAGAUAUGUCUCGACAUACUCCAGAACCAGUGGUCUCCUAUAUACGACAUAGCCGCCAUUCUAACGUCUAUACAGUCAUUGCUAUGUGAUCCCAAUCCUAACAGUCCAGCGAAUAGCGAAGCAGCUAGAUUAUGGAGCGAGAACCGGAGAGAGUAUAAUCUCAAGGUAGUGCAGUGUGUUGAAGACUCCUGGGCAGUUGCCGAUGAAUUGACGAAGGAUAUGAGUGACAUUGAUGAGGAGUAA